GAUCCAUUUUGAUUUAUUCCAUCACACUCCAAAGCCAAGAAGCUAAACGCUAAAAGCUUGAGCCGUUCCCAAACACACCAUCCAACCCGGCGUGUCUGUUUCUUCUUUUUCUUCUCAGAUGACACAAAUACAAUGCCUUGCAGGGAUUGUUGCACUCUUGAUGAUAUUGAUUCCAAAGCUAAGGAUGAUGCCCAAAAACAGGGCUCCUCCGAAUCUCAUGAUACAAAGAGCGAAGAGGACAAAAGUACAGUGGUCUGAAACCUUUAGCCGAAAUGACAAAGAAGUGUUGUGUAAUGCCUUUUCAGAAUUAGCUUAUCAAACUCAAGACGGCUGUCUACAGAAAGCUGCUAGUUCCAGCAAUACCGAUGGCAAUUCUUUAGAAAAAUAUGUUUCUCCACUCAAGAUCAGCAGUAGGAAGAAGAUAUGGAUCUGUGGCUUCUUGUUGAAAAAUAUAGCCGGAAAUUCUGGCAAUACCCAUAUGGUUAUGGAUGAGAAGAAAGAAGGCAUCCGACAUGUUGAAAGUAUUGGGGGAAACAUUGAUGAGGGUGCAGAAGUGGUGCAAGAUGUUGUUUUGAUCAUGGAUGGUACUUGUGUUAAGCUUCUAGUCCAAACCUGGGAACUUGUGAACAGGAAGACCAGGCUGUUCUGGAAUUCAACAAACAAAUGUAAUAACCUCCCCGAAGGUUUUGAGAUAGCUGCUGAUUUUGCCGAGGUCUUAAUGGAUUCUGAUCUGGAAUCGCCCCAGCACCUAGUGGAUGACAAAGCAGAGGGACAAAGAAUAGCGAGGCCGGAAGCAAAUCCAGGCCUCAGCAGCCCUUUGCCUCUAUCUGACCCUCAACCACCCACAACUGCAUUGCCACGCAAGAACUUGGAUCCAACACUCCUAAACUCUGAUCUUGGGGCAGAGAUCCGAAGGCAGAAAGAGAAUCCACAAUGUCAGGCACAAGGGGAUGGUGGUUCUUCUUCUUUUUCUUCUUCAUCAGGCCCCAAGAAGAGCUACAGUGCAAUUGUAAACCAACCGCCUCCAUCCCAGAAGAGCAAGAGAAGCUGAGGCUACAAAGAGAAAGGACCACCUUGUUUUUCGAAUGCUUCAACGCUACUAUUGUCUCCGAGCCACCUUUCUUUGUUGAGGUAAUUAAAUUACUAAACUUAGAGAUUAAGCACUUUAAUUUUAUAUAUCAGAAUUAUUAACAAUAAGUGUUUUCCUAACCU